AUGCUCCCUAAGGUCCCAAUUUCUUAUUUCGCAUCACCCAACAGUGGAAGCAGGGAAAAUAAAGUUGAAAGAACCCAUUCAAGAACCCCCCAAAAAUUGAGACCCACCUCCUUCGUCAGCGUCUACGCGCUAUGCGCAGCCAUCGCCUCGGCCCUGCCGACUGAAACCGACGAUCACCACCUGGAAGCCCGCGUGCAGCAACCGCAGGUGUACGGCCGCACAUGUUACUGUGGCGACGAUUGCAACACCGUGUCCUGGGUGUAUGCAUGGGAAUGGUACGACGGCGGCUGUUUCAACUUCUAUACGGGCAUGUCGGCCGCCUGGAUCGAUGCGAGCUCAACAUGCACCUUCUACAACGCGGCCAACUGCCAAGCCAGUGCCAUGGCGUCCUCGAGCACCUAUGCGAAUUCCAUUGUGGGGUGA